GUCGGGGACGGAGUGACAAGAGUACGGCUUGCCCGCGGAAUUUGCCCUAUCGGCAUGUGACUUUCCCGCUAUCGAUCUACACUCCGCAAUUCUAUUCCCUCGUCUUCUGUCCUGCAACUUGCUUCUGUAAAAGAUCACAAUCAAUUUGCUUCAAGUCCUCAUCAUGUCGACCGUACGACCUUUGCGGCGGGGUAUCAACCUCCUGGGAUCAAAAUCGCUCUCCCAGUCCGCUUCUAUCGCCGCCAAUGGCUCUACUCUCCUUCCGCGGCAGUUGACAGCUCCGCUCCACCGCGGUCUCCGCGCUCCGACUGCCGCACGCCCAUUCUUCCGUGUCAGCUCUCUUCCCGCCCAUGGUGGUGUGCGAUUUGCUUCGUCUCCGGCCUCCUCGGAGCCGCUGAGGCAGACUCAGCUCUAUGAUUUGCAUCUGGCCCGGGGCGCGAAGAUGGUGCCCUUUGCGGGGUUCUCCAUGCCCUUGCAAUACUCCGAUCUCAGCCAUGUCGAAAGCCACAAGUGGACGAGAGAAAAGGCGAGCUUGUUUGAUGUGAGCCAUAUGGUUCAACACGAACUCAGUGGGCCAGGCGCUCUAGAGCUCUUGAUGAAGGUCACCCCUUCAUCACUCGAUAAGCUGGGCCACAACCAAUCCACUUUAUCUUGCCUACUCGAAGAAGGCACAGGCGGCAUCAUCGAUGAUACCGUCAUCACCCGUCGCACCGAUGAUUCCUUCUACUUCGUCACCAACGCCGGCCGGCGCGACGAGGAUCUCGCCUUCCUGGAAGCCGAGAUCUCCGCCUACAAGCAGGCCCACGGCGCAGACAGCAUCAAAUGGGACAUCCUGGAAGACCGCGCCCUGGUCGCCCUCCAAGGUCCCCAAGCAGCCGAGGUCCUCCAGUCCUACAUCCACGGUGAGGGCUCCGAAACAGACCUCAGCACCCUCUACUUCGGAAACUGCCGUUCCCUCCACCUCACCCUGCCCGAUGGAACACCCACCCCCCAUCCUCUCCUCAUAUCCCGCACCGGCUACACCGGCGAGGACGGCUUCGAAAUAUCCAUCCCAACGGAAGGCACCACCUCCCUCCCCGCGCAAAUCACCGACCUCCUCCUCUCCAACCCCAACCUAGUCCGCCUCGCCGGCCUCGCAGCCCGUGACUCGCUCCGCCUCGAAGCAGGAAUGUGUCUCUACGGCCACGACAUCUCCACCGCCCAGACUCCCCCCGCCGCAGCCCUCGGCUGGGUUGUGGGCAAAGACCGCCGCGACCCAGCAACUGCCAAUUUCAACGGCGCAGCCACCAUCCUCCCCCAGCUCGCCUCCCCAGCCAAAACCCUCCCGCAGCGCCGCGUAGGCUUCACCGUCGAGAAGGGGUCCCCCGCCCGCGAAGGCGCCGUCAUCGUCGAUCUGAACGACGAAUCCCGCACCCCCGUCGGCGUCAUCACCUCGGGUCUCCCUAGUCCUACCCUGGGCGGGACCAAUAUCGCCAUGGGCUACAUCAAGCAGGGCCUGCAUAAGAAGGGGACCGAGGUCGGUAUCCUGGUCCGUAAUAAGGUCCGCAAGGCUUCUGUCGUCGGUAUGCCUUGGAUCGAGAGCAAGUUUUAUCGUGGCUAGGCUUGAAUCUGAUAGUUAGUGAUUGGUUGGUCGUUCCCCCCUUUUGCUUUUUUUUUUUCGAUUUUGUUUUCAAGGUGAUUCAUGCCGUGAUGUACAUAUAUUACGAUUCCCCUUCACUGCAUUUGUGCGAGACAGCCUUCAACCUGUCUCUUGCACAUUCAAUCGGAUAUUUCAACGAACGAAUUAAAGAAUUUGAAAGUAUACGUGAAUUUUUUCGUUCUUGGUAUGAAGUACCUAGUGUGUAGAAUUUACUCUAGGUGAUGUACUCUUUAAGGUAGUAGCGUUUAGUUCAUGCACGCAUAUUCAAUGAGGUCAUGAUAACUGUCUGUUUCAAAGGGAAUAACUACAAUAGACCUUAGGAGUACUAAUGCUCAUAUCUAUAAGCAGAAACAAUUAU